GUGUUGGCUCAAUUGAGGACGACUGUGCACCCGGCUGCCGUUGCUGUUUGUGUGGCCACUUGCCCCCAAGUUCGCGGAAGGGAAAACUUUCUCCUCUUGCCUGGGUGCACGCCGGGGAUUGGCAUGGUGCGUCCCAUACAAGCGUGUGCAUGUAUGUGCGGGCAAGGAUCACGAGCAAGGUGGACGUGACCUGCCUCAACUUUUUCCUAAGGGAGUUCAACGCGGUGAGUUGGCGAAGCGGUGGCUAUUUCUUUUGGGCACUGCAACGGGGGGGGCGGGGGUACACGAGCAUGAAGUGAGCAUCAGAGUGCACAUUGGAGAUCGGGCUGG